AUGCACGUCGCCGUCCUCGGCGCAUCCGGCAUCCAAGGCCUGCACCAACUGCACCACCUCGCGCACAACGCGCACACGGUAACCGCGAUAUCCCGCACGCCCCCGGCCCUCCAACCUUCCCUCUCGCACCGCAUCCAACACGUCGCCGCGGACUUUUCCUCCCUGCCCGCCCUCGCCCACGCAUUCAAAAGUGUAGACACACUCUUCGUGAACCUGCCGAGCACCAGCUUCAACCCCUCUGCCGCGAUCAUCGCCGGGGCGCGGAACGUCGCUGUAGCAGCGCAGAAAGCAGGUGUGCGGUUGAUGGUGUUUAAUGCGUCGAUGCCCAUCCCUCUCACGCUACAGGCAGGGCAUAACCGCACAAGACGAUCGCGCGCGCUAUCCGCGCCAAUCUCUGGCGCGCGACUCAGGCGUGCCCGGUGA